CCGCUUGUUUGGAUUUAGUGUGAUCUGAGUGCUUCUCAACACCAACUCGAUGGCCGAAGUUAGUAAACGAGUUGUGACUAAAAAAUCCAGCCGCACAAGCAUCGCUCAAGAGAGCACGGGCUCGUCCGUCCAGACCACGCCCCUCCCAAUCAUACCAAGUCUGACACAAGUGAGAUUGAUUGAACCGGUGGACUACGAGACUGAGCUUAUCAAGAGAAAGGAAGAAAUUCAGGCGGACGGUUUUAGAGACAUUCUGGAGUUUCCUAAUGACAACAUAUCGGUCGAAGUUCUUCCUCAACAAAUUCGAACAGAGAAAUCUUCUGUUCCUGUGAAUGCCCUGAACGAGGCAAAGAGCUUGUUUGUCAGAGAGACUGUGAAAUGUUACACUUCGGACUGGCACACUGUUGAGAAUAAGUAUGAGAAAUAUGCAGGCAGUUUUGCAAAGCUUCAAAGAGCUGGACUGUUGCACAGUCUGCCCACCCAGGUCUUUCAGAUUGACCACAGCAGUGCAGAUCAAGAAGACGUGGACGACUUGGUGUUGAGUCCUGUCAAGGAGCAAACAGUUGUCUCCAAGAGUGGCUACCUCACAAGGGCCCCACUUCACGACAAUCCAUUUCCUGUGGCAAUGAAGAGCUACAAGAAGAAAUGGUUUGUAUUACGACAACAGCCUGAUGCUGCAUUUGUUUUGGAACACUUCAAGGAUGACAAGGGUGGUGUAGCCAAGGGAACGAUUGUUUUAGACAACUGCACGGCCUUGAACAAGGUGACAAGCGUUGUAAAAGGCAGGAAGUACGGCCUAGAACUGGUGACUCCAGGAGAGAAGGAACCGUACGGUUUAUUUGCCGAAACAGAUGAAGAGAUUGAAGACUGGAUCAAAGUGCUAGCUCAAGUGGUGAGGUCGGGUAGAGAUGCUGGACCUGAAUCAAGAAAAGUGUCAGAUAGCAAUGAGGUUUUACGACCUCGCACUAAAACCAGCGUCAGUCGCUCAGAAAGCUUGAAGGAAUCGCUUCGAAACAGCAUGAAUCCUGAACUACUAAAGUAUGCUAGUGAAACGGAUGCCAUGAAUGCAUCAAACAGACAAGUCGGACGUCUCAAGUUGUUCGAAGUGUUUUCUGAUCUGGAACCAAGUGCGUGUUUGCCUCAAAAUUUGAAACCACAACCACCCUUUCCUCGAGAUCAUUUCAACAAGCGGAUUCUCAUUGAAUUCGAAGACCUGAAAUUUCGUAUUACGGCAUUCAUUGCUAAGAACACAUCGAUGUCUCAUGUUGAGCCGUUUUUUACAUUUGCUGCACUUUAUGAUGCCAACAAGGGACAGAAGAUCAGCGAGGAUUUUCAUUUCAAUUUGAAUGAUCCUGCAACGUUGGACUUGAUCAGUUCACUUCAUCGUCCAAUGUCACCAGUGCAGGCAACGAUACGAGAGGGUGCCAGUGGUACUGGAAGUGAAGAUGGUGAGAAGAAACGAAUGAGUAGCCAAGGAAGGCAAGACUUCCCAACUUUUUCUAAGAGGGCAAUAUUUGCAGUAACUUUUCCUAAUCCUGACAUCUAUCUUGUUGUUCGAAUCGAGAAAGUGCUUCAAGGUGGCAUCACAACAUCAGCCGAACCGUACAUGAAGGCUGUACAAGGCGACAAUACAAAAAUGGCUGAGAAGAUUCAGAAACAAGCUCAAGUGUUAUGUAAACGUCUUAGCAAUUAUAGAAUGCCAUUUGCCUGGACAGCGAGGCCUCUCUUUAAAGACAAUGAAUUGGACAUGCAGGCUCAAUUUACUCCUAUUUACAAGCAGGAACGUGACAGGCUGACGGAUGAAGACUUGCUGCAGAUGCUCACCUUACUGAAAAGUGAUCGUCUUCCCAAACUAGCUGUAAUACCUGGAACCAUUCGAAUAACUGUGCGUGAAGUUCAGGAUGAAAUACAAGAUGUAGUCACUCCAACCCUCUUGCCUGUGAAGCCAUCCAUCCCACCAUCUGUUCGUACAGCUCCACCCAAUCGUGAAGUGCAGGAGUUUGUCCCCCUUGAUGCUUACCACCCACACUUGGAGUAUUACAUCCAUGCCUCAUAUUGUAAUCAUCUGUAUGUCUACCCUAUCAGCCUCAAGCUGGACACACACAAAGGACUGAAAGCAAGAAACAUUGCCUGUUGUGUUCAGUUAAAGGAUUCGGAUGAGAAAGGUUCCAAACCAUUGACGUGUGUAUACGGUAAAGCUGCCGGUUGUGCUUUCGUGUCAUCUGCAAAUGCAGCUGUUCUUUAUCAUUCGUCAACUCCAACCUUCUAUGAAGAGGUGAAAAUAAAUCUUCCUGUACAUCUACAUGAGCGACACCAUCUCUUGUUUACAUUCUUUCAUGUUGCCGUUGAAGCACCGAAGGGUUCUCGACAUGGCAAGCUCCCGGCAGUGGAAAGCGUCAUCGGCUAUUCGUGGCUGCGUUUGCUGGACGCUACAAAACUGUUGGAUAAUACCAAUCAGUUGCCGGUAUCAACGAGUCUUCCACCAGGCUAUCUGGCAGUUCUUCAGUUUGGCUUAGGCAAAGGGUUUUCUGGGCCGCGCGUGGAAUGGAUUGACAGCUGUAGACCAGUUUUCAAAGUAAACAGUCGUCUUGUGUCGACCGUCAACACACAAGAUCAACCAUUGCAGCAUUUCUUUUGGGUGUGUGACAACACUAAUCCCAGCCAGCCGGCUCAUGAUGUUGAGUUAUGCAGAGCAAUCAAGGGUAUCCACAGCGCUACUGUUGGAUCUGUCAUUCAGUUUUUGCCAGUCAUCAUGAACCAACUUCUUAGACUCGUUGUACGUGAGAGUCCAUGUGCUGAGGAGGUGGCUGGCCACUCUCUAAGAGCUUUAAUCUAUUGUGUGGAGCUUGUACACAAUGCACACAGGGAAGAGGUUUUAAACACAUAUCUCAAGUAUGUCUUUAUGACCGACUCGAAAUCAACUGACACGAAGAAGGUCCACGAGGAGUUGGUCAAGAUUCUCACCAAACUGCUUCGUCGUCCUGAAGAGAACAUUGUAGCAAAACUACUGAGGUACACGUGGUUUUUCUUCGAUAUUAUUCUCAAGUCAAUGGCACAGCAUCUUGUUCUCGAUGAGAGGAUGGCGGUUGUGCGUGCUCGACGCUUUUCUACUGAAUACAACUUUAGUCUUGGAAGUCUUGUGGGUACAUACAUUCUCCACAUUUGGGAAGAUCAUAAGACAACACAAGCGAGGUAUGCAAAUCGAAGUCUGGCUGACUUUGUCAAGGAAUGCUUCACAUACAUGGACAGGGGAUCAAUUUUUAGACUUGUCAAUCGAUACAUGGAACCAUAUGAGUCUGAAGAAGAGAGACCAGAAGGAAAGUACGACUUUGCUGUGCUGUCGGAGUUCAAGUUUGAAUUUCUUGAGAUUGUGUGCAGUCAUGAGCACUUCGUACAACUCAACUUACCUUUUUCGUUGAAAGAGUUUGAAUACGAUCUCACUCUGUCAGAUGAAUUUUGUAGAAAACAUUUCCUUGUCGGUCUUCUUCAGAAGGAGGUUGCUGCUGCCUUGGAUCAUGGUGAGGCUCCCAUUCGUCGCCAAGCAUUGAGAGUUCUUCGUAAUCUUCUUGCUAAACACGACUUUGACGAUCGCUACAAUGCAAAAAAGAAAAGCAGGAUCGCCUCUUUGUACCUUCCAUUUGUCGUCCUCGCUCUUGAGCACACAUCAAGACUCAACACAGACCAACGUGCAAUGUCUUCUCUCCCUAAUAGUCCAUCAAAGGACACCACCACAGGUGCACAGGCUGAUGCGACAUCUUCAGCGUCACAAGUUGAAACAGCGGGAAAAGUUUCUCGAUUUGAUCGUUCCCAGAGCUCAAACGUUUUAGCACCAACAGGCUCAGGCUCCGUACCACCCACUUUGAAUUCACGACAGUCGAGUGAGUCUAACCUUUUAAUGAGAACACGACGAUCAACUAGUUUGCAAGACAAUAGACGUAGUUUAGUUGGAGGAGGAGGAGGUGGGUCUAGAUUGCGGAAAGACAGCAGUGGAGAGACGGGAACAGGUUGUGACAGUUCGGUUGGCACUGAGAGUAGAGUUUCGUCUAGAAUGUCUCGUGCUUCUAUGGCUGAAAACAGCAGCAUGUUGGAGAUCGAUGAAACGAGGGAUCUAUUGGUCUGCGUUCUCUUCAUUUUGAAGCAUCUGGAUGAUGGUAUCUUGGCUCAUUGGUGGCAACAGGCAAUGAACUCUGUGCUACGUAUUCCUCCUGCCAUCUACUUGCCUGACGAGGUCGUGUCUUUGAGUUUUACCCAGUUUGUCAAUCUUCUCGACAUUCUCCAAGCCAGUCUACUUGUAUUUCGUUAUACCGGAUUGAAGGCAAUCAGAGCAUCUGUGUUGAGGUCAGACCACAUGAAGCAGGUCAUUGAGCAGGCCUACGCACAGGGCAUUGCCACCAAGCCAGCGGGAAGUCGACAAUCAAUGGCAUUCAUGAAGAAAUCAUCUUUUCCAUUGUUUAGUCUCGGAUCGAGUGCAAUUUCACUUUCUUCAAGUGGCUUGUCUUACGAGUCAGAGAUUGAAAAACGAAUGAAACUUGAGGGCUGCAUGACUGUUGAGGUGUCUAUGAUUGUAUUGGAUCUCAUCGAAUUGAUCAGCACUGAAUUUCAGCUCAAGUUGGAAUUGGAUUAUGGUGACAACGUGGCCAUGAGAAAGGUUUUCAACAUUUUGAUCACUUUUUUCAGACUCCCUCAGUCUGAAGCCGUUCUCAACCAUGUUUUUGCAACAUUCAGGGCAUUUGUGAACAAAUUUCCAUCGGCUUUGUUCCAAGGAAAUGCUUCAUUCUGUGAAGCUCUUUGCUAUGAGACUUUGAUGGUGUGCAACUCCCCUCUAAAAAGUGUUCGCUCUCAGGCUUCUACACUGUUGUACCUCAUACUACGUGGCAACUACGAAUUUGUUGGCUCAGGUUGUGCAAGAACGCACAUUCAGUGUGUUGCUGCUCUAUCAAAGAUGAUUGGAAGUGGGAGCAUUGGGUCAAGCGAUCUGAACUUGAAACGUUCACUUGCUACUGUAGCCCAGUAUGGCAGUGGAGACGAGGGCAUGGCGAAAGCAUUUGUAAAUGAAGUUAGUGACUUGAGCCGUCGUCUACGUGAUGUACUGAAACAUACAGCAUCACUAAAGGAUCAUGAGGGUGAUCCAGAGAUGCUUGUUGAUCUUCAGUAUAAAUUGGCUCAAAACUACACCAACUCACCUGAGCAGAGAAAGGCGUGGCUGGACAGCAUGUCGUUGAUUCAUCUCAAAAACCAAAACUUUUCAGAGGCUGCUCAUUGCCACAUCCAUAUUGCUGCACUAAUUGCUGAGUAUCUUAGACGGAAAGGUGAGCAUGCAUCUGGUUGCAAUGCAUUUGAGGCAAUUUCACCCAACAUACCACGAGAUGAACGUGGUGGCCAGGAAGACAAGGGGAUGGCAGACAUUCAACAAUAUUCAGAGCUCACACUUGUGGAGGAACUAGAGAACUGUGUGGAUCUUCUUGAUCAAGCUGAGCGUUACGAAGUUGUGUGUGACGUCUAUCAGCUUCUUCUUCCCAUCUAUCACAGAAAUAGAGACUAUGAGGCUUUGUCUCAUGCAUAUGGUACAAUGCAUCAGGCAUGUAAGAAAAUUGUGGAAGUAACCAACACAGGACGUCGAAUGCUUGGUACAUACUUCAGAGUUGGUUUCUAUGGACAGCCAUUUGGAGAUGACCACCUCAAGCAAUACAUCUACUGUGAGCCAAAGAUUACACCAUUGCCGGUCAUUUCACAGCGACUUGAGGCUCUGUACAAGAGAAAGCAUGGUUAUGUGGAAAUGAUAAAAGAUUCAGCAAAAUUUGACACUUCAAAGCUUCUACCCAAUGUUGCAUAUGUUCAACUAACGUUUGUGGAGCCAUUCUUUACUGAGGUGGAGAAAGCAAGUCGACGAACUGAAUUCGAACGUCGCAACAACAUUCAGCGUUUUAUGUAUGAGACUCCAUUCACCAAGAGCGGCAAAGCUCAUGGUGACACAUGUAACCAAUGGAUACGCAAGACAAUCUUGACUGUGUCGCAUUGUUUUCCAUAUGUAAAGAAACGAAUUGAAGUCGUGUCAGAAGAGACAGUGGACUUAACGCCUAUUGAAGUUGGUAUUGAAGAAAUGGGACGCAAAGUGGUCUCUCUUCGUCAAGUCUGUUCAGUCGGUCAACAAGACAAAAAGAAACUACAGCUGUUGUUACAAGGAGCUGUCAUGGUGACGGUGAAUGCUGGUCCAUUGGAAUACGCAAAUGUAUUUCUCAAAGACAAGACACAACAUUCUGCAAAAUAUGUUGAACGAUUAAAGGAGAUCUACAGGGAUUUCAGUCACUGGUGUGGUCAGGCUUUGGAGUUAAACGGUCGACUCAUUCAAGAAGAUCAGCUACCAUUACAACAGUCAAUGGAGAAAGACUAUCGCGAAAUGUGCUCGAAAUUAGAGGCAAUGAUUGGACCGUUGUCUGAGAUUUCUGAUGGCCCAACUAACGUUGAGAGCACUAGGAAAGAGGCAUUCAGUCCACCGAUGAGAAGCAGUAAAGGAUUGGGGAAAGGUCAAGGAAAGGCAUAGGGUUGGAUCGAUGUACACUAUUGCUAUUGUCUAUAGAUGUAGUAGUCUGGAGCAGAUGAGGUACAUUAUUACAAAUGUUACGUAUUGAGUAUGUUUUCAAUAGAUUUUGACGUUU